AUGAUCUCUUUGAGUACUAUAACGGCAUUGCUUUGCGCCAAUUCGGUAGUCUUGGCAUCUGCGAUUCCAAAAGGUGGAAAAAGAGCUCUGGAGCGAAUCUUAGAUUCCAGCUUGAUGUUGUCAGAUUCAAGUAUUGUGGAAUCUAUUGUAGCUACUCUGGAAGACGCUUCAAACUCAAAUGACACAUGCGGUUCAUGCAUUAAUCGUUUAGCAAUUGGUAAAUCCUUGGCAUUAGUCAGGCCCGACUUGAUUCCUGAAUCCUUUGAAAAUUGGUGCGUCAAAACCGCUUAUGCUUCGAAUGAGACGUGUAACACGAAUUUUGCCAGGAACACUAUCCAUAGUGGUACUACUGGUUCCAAUUUUGCAGAUAUGUUGCAACUAAUGGAUCCAUUCGGCUAUGACGGGACAUUGUAUUGUCAUUACAAAGAAGUCCGCUUGUGUCCGAAGCCAGUCACGCCCAACAUCACAUUAUCACAUUUAUGGCCUCCAAAACAGCCAAGGCAUUUUGUAGCUCCUGAACCUUCAGCAAACGAUACUUUUAAUGUUUUACACAUUUCAGACUUCCAUGUCGAGCUGGAUUAUAAAGUUGGCGCAGAAGCAAAUUGUUCACGCUCCAUGUGCUGUAGUCCACAUUCAGUUAAUAGAAUAAAAAAAGAAAGUGAAGGAUCUUACAGAGGGGUAUGGAAUUCAUUUUAUGAAGGUUCCUACUAUGAUGAUAGGAAUAUGUCAUAUGUGAAAGGAAAAUACGUCGACAUUUUCCAAAAUAGCUCUAUUUGGGCGCCCGCAACGACAUUUGGUAAUUAUCAGUGUGAUUCCCCUGAAGUCUUGAUAAAUUCCUCAUUGAAUUCUAUUUCUGAAUACUCGAAUGCCAAUAAUGUGGAUUUCGAGUUUGCAAUUUUCACGGGUGAUUUAGUUGAUCAUGAUGAAACCAGAUAUACAGACUAUCGGCUAACUGUUGAAUCAGAAGAAAUCGUCCUCAGGGACUUAAAAAGUAGGCUUAAAUCAAUUCCUGUGUACACAGUGUUGGGAAAUCAUGAUAAUUACCCAUACGGAGAAUUGGGCCAAGAAGGAUAUGGAUUUUCAAAUAAAUUCACAUGGAAUGCAGAGCUGUUAGCGGACAUUUAUGAAGACUACAAUUGGCUAGAUGCACCUACAGCACGGUAUGCUCGUAAACAUUAUACGGGAUUUGCUGUUGAUACCAAAAUGGGAUUGAAAGUUAUAUCAUUGAAUUCUAAUUGUUUCUACAGGAGAAAUCAUUAUGCAUACUGGAACGCAACUAAUCCGGAUUCGUUUGGGCAAUGGGAAUUUUUGAUUAAUGAGCUUGUGCAGAGUGAAGCAUUAGAUCAGAGAGUCUGGAUCAUUGCUCACAUACCGCCUGCUACCGAUGGCUUGCCUUUACCCUCUAAAAUCUUUACCGAGAUUAUCGAGAGGUUUUCUCCAUAUACCAUUGCAGGUGUGUUCUUUGGUCAUACGCAUUAUGAUCAAUUCAAUUUGCUGUACGCUGGUAAUGGUUCUCACACGAUUGAAAAUGUUGUCAACUUUGCUUGGAUAAGUCAAUCUGUGGCGCCCUUUAUCGGUAACAAUCCGUCCUGGAGAUACUAUAAAAUUGAUAAAAAGACUUUCUCGGUGAUGAAUGGCUUCAAUUUUUACACCAAAUUAAAUGAGACCUACAAUAAUGAUGGUAAUGAGCCGAUUUGGGAAUUUGAAUAUUCCUCGAGAGAGGGAUAUAAUAUUUCCUGGCCAGCCGAGAGUCCUUUGAAUGGUUCCUACUGGCAUCUUGUGGCAGAAAAGGUUCGAGAUGAUCUUUCGUACAGGCAAUUGUAUGAGAACUACUCGAAGAGAUGGACGCCAGCUGUACCAAACUGUAGUGUAGUGGGUAAUUGUUUGACUGACUAUUGUACUCUCUCAAACUUUAAUUUAGAUGAUUUUGAGGCUUGUGUUGCGGAAGUCCAUCAAUGA